CUGAAACCCUCACAAAACCCUAGCAAUGUCGGGGGCCUUCUUCUACGAUGCGGCUAGCGACGACGAUCUCGAAUUCCUAAACCACGAAGAAGAGAGUAGCGACGAAGAAGAAGAGCCUAAAGCUCAAGCAGAACCUGGCGAAGACGACGACGAAGAAGAAGAUAGCGAAGUUGAGGAUGAAGAUGAAGAGGAUAAACCUACAAAGAAAGGAAGCACCGAUGCUCAAUCUCCAUGGGAUUUCGCAUCAUACUCAAGCUCCGUCGGGGAAGAACACGCCCGCCGUCACACAACCUCUAUCGAUGAGAAGAUCUCCAAAGCUAUCAAACAUCUUCCACUUCCCAUCUCCGUAGAAGAAGAUGACGCCGAAGCCGACAAACAAGAGGAGGAGGAGUAUCUUUCGGAAGAGGAAGAGGCGAAAGCAGAAGAUGUUGCUGCUAAGCCCUUCUUCUCUACUGUAGAUGGAGUUUCGUUUCAUGCUAAUUCAUUCAUGGAGCUUAAUCUCUCUCGUCCGUUGCUUCGAGCUUGUGAAACUCUUGGAUACAAGAAACCUACGCCUAUUCAGGCAGCGUGUAUACCUUUAGCGCUUACAGGGCGUGAUCUUUGUGCCAGUGCCAUCACUGGUUCAGGAAAGACUGCUGCUUUCGCUCUACCUACUCUUGAGAGGUUGUUGUUCCGUCCCAAGCGGGUCUUUGCUACAAGAGUCCUUAUUCUCACUCCGACCAGGGAGCUGGCUGUUCAGAUUCACAGUAUGAUUCAGAAGCUUGCACAGUUCACUGAUAUCAAAUGUGGAUUGAUUGUUGGAGGGCUUUCUGUAAGGGAGCAAGAGGUUGUUUUGAGGUCUAUGCCAGAUAUUGUUGUGGCGACCCCUGGACGUAUGAUAGAUCACUUGCGUAAUUCUAUGUCUGUCGAUUUGGAUGAUUUAGCGGUUUUGAUUCUCGAUGAAGCAGAUCGUCUUCUACAGACUGGGUUUGCCACUGAAAUCCAAGAGCUGGUUCGCUUAUGUCCCAAGAGAAGGCAAACAAUGCUCUUCUCAGCCACAAUGACUGAAGAAGUUAAAGAGCUUGUCAAACUCUCUUUGAACAAACCGUUGCGUCUCUCAGCUGAUCCUUCAGCUAGAAGGCCUCCAGGCCUGACUGAGGAGGUGGUAAGAAUAAGGAGGACGCGUGAGGCAAAUCAGGAAGCUGUUCUUCUUUCGUUAUGCACAAGAACUUUUAAAUCAAAAGUGAUCAUCUUUAGUGGAACAAAACAGGCAGCACAUAGACUGAAAAUUUUAUUCGGACUAGCUGGCCUCAAAGCAGCUGAGCUCCAUGGAAAUCUAACUCAAGCACAACGUCUUGAUUCUCUGGAACUUUUCAGAAAGCAAGAGGUUGAUUUUCUCAUUGCUACCGAUGUUGCUGCUCGAGGGCUUGAUAUUAUUGGUGUCCAAACGGUUAUAAAUUAUGCAUGUCCUCGGGAAAUAGACAGUUAUAUUCACAGAGUUGGUAGAACAGCUAGGGCUGGAAGAGAAGGUUAUGCUGUAACCUUUGUUACUGACAAUGACCGAUCCCUUUUGAAAGUCAUUGCAAAGAAAGUGGGUUCAAAGUUGAAGAGCAGAAUUAUCCCAGAGCAGUCUAUCGUUAAGUGGUCUCAGAUAAUCGAUGAAAUGGAGGAUCAAUACUCUGCUGUUAUUCGACUAGAGAGGGAAGAGAGAGCUCUAAGAAAAGCUGAAAUGGAAUUUGCAAAGGCGGAGAACAUGAUUGAGCACAGAGAUGAAAUAUAUGCACGCCCAAAAAGGACUUGGUUCAUGACAGAGAAGGAGAAGAAGCUCGUAUCCAAAGCUGAAAAGGAUUCUGCAGGAAACUCUUCUGGAAACGAACUAGUUAGUGCUGAUAUAGCAGAGGACCUCAAGAUGAAGGAGAAGAGAAAACGCGAACGCGAGAAGAAUCUUCCAAGGAAAAAACGUAGAAAGCUUGAAGCUGCCAGAGAGAUGCUAGAGGAUAACGAAGAAGAAGAAGACGACGAGGAAGAAGGAGAAAACGAAAAACAAGGAAGAUCAAGGGGUAAAGACAAGAAGAAGAAGAAAGAACCAGAAAAGAAAGGAUUGACACUGGUGGAUCUUGGUUACAGGCGAGCAAAGGCCGUAAAAGCAAAACAGAGAGCUAUUGAUUCCGGUAAGAUGGAGAGACCAACGCCGAACAAAAGACAAAACCUAAAUCGGACUAAACCAAAAACUCAGCCUCGAAAUGAAGAGAUGAAAGAUCUGUUCAAGAGUGAUAUGAGCGAGAAGAAACAAGGCGGGGCCGGGGCUUCAACGAAACCUCGUGGGAAGUCGAAGAACUCUUUCAAAAGCAAGGGCCGAUAUAAGCGUAGGUAAAAGAGAGAAUAUCUUAAAUGAAAGAUAUGGAAGGACAAGCCACAAGAACGAAGAAAAACAUUUUUUUUGAAGGGUUUAGACAUUUUCAUUAUUAAUGUAAUAUGAUCAGAACGAGAGGUUGAAUGUUUUUGAAAAUUUUGUUUUUUCAAUGGUUUUAUAAUUUUUAAUGAAGCUUAUUAUUA